AUGCUCACUCUUCUUGAAAAUCAACAGCGAUAUAACUGCGCAAAGCUCCGCCAGAUGGGAUACACCGAAACGGAAAUUCAAAGGCUCGACGCGCUCGGCAAUCAAAAUAUGAAUGAUUUCUCGCAUCUCGAGCGUGGAACUGCCAGUGCAGGCGAUGGAGAAUAUCAACUGCAGCUGUAUCUGCUGGAAGAAGCGAAGCGAAGACGUUUGGUGAUGCUCGGAGAAGAAUAA